AUGGAGUUAAAGCAAUCUUUGUCUACCCAUCUGGAAACGGAGAAGCCUCUGAGGCGCUAUGGGGCGGUGGAGGAGACGGCAUGGAAAGCGGAGGGACUGGGGAGAAAUCAGCUGGACAUCAUCUCCAUGGCAGAGACAACCAUGAUGCCGGAGGAGAUCGAGCUGGAGAUGGCAAAAAUUCAGCGUCUCCGGGAAGUCUUGGUCCGCCGGGAGUCUGAGCUCAGGUUUAUGAUGGAUGACAUCCAGCUCUGUAAUGACAUCAUGGACCUGAAGCAGGAGCUACAGAACUUGGUCGCCAUUCCAGAGAAAGAAAAAACCAAGCUGCAGAAGCAGAGAGAGGACGAGCUAAUCCAGAAGAUCCACAAACUGGUGCAGAAGCGAGACUUCCUGGUGGACGACGCAGAGGUGGAACGGUUAAGGGAGCAAGAAGAAGACAAGGAAAUAGCCGAUUUCCUGAGAAUCAAGUUAAAACCUCUAGACAAAGUAACCAAAUCUCCAGCCAGCUCCCGAGCAGAGAAGAAAGCAGAGCCCCCACCUAGUAAGCCCACGGUGGCCAAGACGGGGCUGGCGCUCAUCAAGGAUUGCUGUGGGGCCACCCAGUGCAAUAUCAUGUAGCCCCCACGUGGGGUGCCCCCCGGGCAAUGGGGACCCCCUUCCCAUCCUCUUGUCUUCAUAGCCCCCAUUUCACUGGGGCCCAAGAGCUCUCCAAGGCCAAAGGGGUUGAAGGCAAGCCCGUGACUGCCGCCAGGGGCCGUGGGCGCGGCAGGCGGGCCCAGCCGUCCUGUACAGAGUGUAGCAAUAGGCAGUCCCUCACCGUCGCAUGGCCCUCCCCAGAGCAUGCUGAACCCAGGAGUCUGUCUCACUGUUUAUCCAACCACCAGGAAAGGUCCUCCCUCAAAAAAGUAUAUCUCCACUUCUAUCUAGCUGUAUCUAACCCACCGUGCGAAUGAACUGGGGGAGGGGCAUGGUCCCCAGGUGUGUAUAGUCGUGACUCUUCAACAGUUGAGCACCACAUUGGACUCAUCCCCCAUCCGCCCUCCUAGCUCUGCUGUCAGGCCUGCCCCAAAUGGGCACAGCUCCCAUCCUCCAUCUCUCCUCUCCCAGGGGCUGUACCCUCGAAGGCUCCACACAGCCCACGUGCUUUGAAGACACAGAGGGGCCCGUCUGUAAAGAAUGAGCUUGUGUGUGGUGUCGUGGUCUCAUCUCCCGCUUCUUUCCCUCCUGUGUCUGGGCACGGUUCCCAUCAGGAGCACGUCCACUUCCUCUUGGCUCUUUGUUACCUUACCAUGUCUGCCCCAGGUGUGUGGAGCAGGUGUGGGGGGGUGGGGCCUGGGCUGGGGCACACCCAGUGCCGGGAAGAGGCAGUGGACAGCUGGAGGCUCCAACACCGAGGCAAGGGGACCCAGAGCAGAUGCUGACCCAGGCGCUCUCCACCCACUGGGGGCCACUGGAGGGAGUGCCAGCGGGACGCCACUCACCAGCCUAACACACAGACCUCCGCAAACAACAACGGCGGUGGGAGAGUCGGCCUGACCCAACCGUGUCCCGUCAUUGGUGGUGUAUUGUAACCAGCCUAACAAUUCCACCAGUGUAACAAUGUACAUCUGCUACAGCCAGCCCGGCACAGCCCGUGUGACCUCUCUGUACGUGUGAGUGUGUUGUGACCGGCCUCAGUAGUUAGCCUAACCCAAGAUUCGCUGAUGUACAAUCAUCCAUCGGAGAAAAUAAAAAUAGAAACCGCGUACGCAGCCUUUAUAAAGUUUUUACUUUUUUCUUGACUGUGGAAGGAAUCCAUGUACAUAGUGAAUCAUCUAAAAAGUAGAGAAAGUAUAAACAAGUUUUUUGUUCUUUGGGUUUUUUUUUUUUUUUAACUCCCAUAAUUCCUCCAACUAGAGAUCGCUCUGACAUUUUGGCAUAUUUCCUUUCAGUCUUUUUUUAUGCUUUUUUUUUUCACGAUUGACGUCAUAUUGUACCAUUUUAUUACCAGUUUUCUUUCUUCUGUUAGCAUUGUAUCCCUGUUGUGUCACGUCAUUAAAAGCUCUUUGUAAACAUUAAACACUCUUCAUAAAUA